AUUCCGAAGGGCACAUCCAUGCAAAAAUGGAAGAACAAACUGGUAACACCGCUGCUGAUCAAGAGAAACCAUUAUCAUGGAAACUCAAGCUUGACAACUUUCGAAUACUGAACCCACAUACAUCUCAUCUUCAUCAUCAUCAUCGCCAUGGUCGCUUCUCCUUCCUCGGUGGUGCAGGAAGAAAUGAAGCAGCUGGCAAAGAGUGAGAGGAUGGCAGUUCAUAUUUCAAAUGGAGCCAACCUGGUGCUUUUUGCAGCAAAAGUUUUUGCUUCAACUGAAAGCAAAUCAUUAGCAGUAAUCGCCUCAACCCUGGAUUCCCUCUUGGAUCUCCUGUCAGGUUUUAUUUUAUGGUUCACUUCCAAUGCCAUGAAAAAGCCAAAUCAAUAUCAUUAUCCCAUUGGAAAGAAGCGGAUGCAACCAGUGGGUAUCGUUGUUUUUGCAUCUGUAAUGGCAACUCUUGGCUUACAGAUACUGCUAGAGUCUGUUCGCCAACUUUAUUCCAAGGUUGGACCAGAAAUGAAUAAAGAGGAGGAGAAAUGGAUGAUUGGAAUAAUGGUUUCUGUCACAAUGGUGAAGUUUAUACUAAUGAAAUAUUGCAGGAAAUUCAAGAAUGAAAUAGUGACUGCCUAUGCUCAAGAUCAUUUCUUUGAUGUCGUCACAAAUUCGGUUGGUCUGGUAACUGCUGUUCUAGCCGUCCGAUUCCGCUGGUGGAUUGAUCCUACUGGUGCUAUAAUAAUAGCACUAUACACCAUUAGCACUUCAAGGACAGUAAUAGAGAAUGUAAGAUCGCUAAUCGGAAGAACAGCUCCACCUGAAUUUAUAGCCAAAUUAACAUAUCUGAUAUGGAAUCAUCACGAAGAGAUUAAGCACAUUGACACAGUAAGGGCUUACACAUUUGGGUCUCAUUACUUUGUUGAAGUUGAUAUAGUGCUGCCAGAAGACAUGCUCUUAAACCAAGCACAUAAUAUUGGUGAGACUCUUCAGGAGAAGCUUGAACAACUCCCAGAAGUCGAGCGAGCUUUUGUGCAUAUAGAUUUUGAGUAUACUCACCGCCCUGAACAUAAAUCCAAAGUGUAAUAUAGUGGUUUAUAAUUAAUGGUAGCAGUAAGUAUAUAUUUAUGGCUGCAAUGAGUAUUGCUUAUGGCUUUUGAUAAUUGCUCAUUCUGUUAAUACGUACCACUUCCUAUAUCUU